UAUUUACAUCUGUUUUCUGCUCUCCUCAAAUUUCAUCUUGCGCUAAACUUUUAUCUCUCCAAAAUCCUUUACCCCUGAAGCUAUGGCUGCGAAUAUUCAGACUCUCGCUCAGCUUCUGGACACCUCAUUGAUACCUUCCCAGAACAAACAAGGUACGGUGGAUCCAUUGCAAUUCGAUCUUGUUGCGGGGUUGUCGGCUGCGAUACAGAGCCUCGAUCAACUUGUCCCCCCUGGAACGGAACGGGAGCUGACAUGCUAAUUUUUUUUUGUGUAGCUGAAAGCUCUCUGCGAGCCGGUGAAAAUCAGGAGGGAUUUGCUCCUCUGCUGUUACAGAUCGUUGCGUCGGAUAGCUUUGCCUCGAAUACUCGUUUAGCGGCUGCUCUGUACUUCAAAAACUUACUUGGGAGGAAUUGGACUGUGGGUUCCCCGGUCUUUGAAUUAUGGGGAGACCCUGGUAUUAAAUAUUUCUGCAUAUAGGAUGAGGAGGGUCAUUACAAGAUGGCGGAGACUGAGGUUGUGGCGGUCAAACAAGAUUUGGUUGGGCUUAUGAUCACUGUUCCGCCGGCCUUGCAAGUUCAGCUUGGAGAGGCUAUCAGCAUCAUUGCGGAGAGCGAUUUUUGGCAACGCUGGGAAACAUUAAUUGAUGUUUGAUUCCUUACUUACUCUGCUCCUCUUGGGCUCAAAACUUAUGGCGGUGCUAGGAUCUUGUGUCCAAACUCACCCCCGACAAUGCUCAAGUCAACAACGGUGUUCUUCAGGUGGCGCAUGCGAUUUUCAAACGUUGGAGGCCACUUUUCCGUUCCGAUGACUUGUUCACCGAAAUCAAUCAUGUCCUUCGGAAAUUCACAGCUCCCUUUCUGAAACUGAUGGAGGUGGGUUGAUUUAUUGUGCAACUUGGGUUGAAUAGCUUUCUUACGGUUUUCCAGGCUACCGACCAGCAAAUAACACAAGCUCAAGAUAAUAAACCUGCCUUGGAUGGAUAUUUCCAAACGCUCAACCUUAUUAUAAAGAUUUCAUUUGAUCUUAACUGCCAGGAUCUUGCGCCGGAUUUUGAGGAGAAUCUCGCGACAAUUAUGGGAUUGCUGCACAAGUAUCUUACUUUCACCAAUCCCCUUCUUGUGACCGGUGACGAUGACGAAUCGGGCCCGUUGGAGCGAGUCAAGGCUGGAAUAUGUGAAUUCCUCCAGCUCUUUACCACUAAGUAUGAGGAUGUAUUUGACGAGAUGCUCCAAAAUUUUGUUAACUCGACAUGGAUGUUAUUAACCACCACUGGGCCCGAGCCGAAAUAUGACAUUGUGAGUAUAUCAAAUUCGCCUCUCUGUCUCGGGAAAGAACAACAAAUUACCAAGGCCGUUCAUGCUCACGUUGGUCGGAUCAUCUAGUUGGUCAGUAAGGCCUUGCAAUUCUUGACGGCUGUAGCAAGGUCGGGUAAGCACGCUCAAAACUUUAGCACGGUGACGGUGUUGGAGCAAGUUGUUGAAAAGAUAAUCCUACCUAAUAUGACUUUACGGGGUUCGUUUACUCCUCUGCGAAGUUGUUUUUUUGUUUUGAUUGUUCUCUGAGAUUGACUCUGCUAUAGCUUCUGAUGAGGAAUUGUUUGAGGAUGACCCAAUCGAGUUUAUUCGAAGGGAUCUUGAAGGCUCUGAUAGUGAUACUCGCAGAAGGGCCGCUACGGACUUUCUUCGUCAACUCCUCGAGCAGUUUGACAAAACUGUCACUGAAGUUGUUUACAAAUAUAUCAACCAUUACCUGCAGGACUACAGUAGUAACCCCAAAGCAAACUGGAGAUCGAAGGACACUGCCUUGUACUUGUUCUCGUCUAUCGCUGCGAAGGGCACAACCGAGAGAAAGGGGGUUACACAUACUAAUCUCCUUGUGGAUGUCGUAGAAUUCUUCCAGAGUCAUAUCGCAGCGGAUCUUAUUGCCCCGUUUGAAGAUGUGCAGCCUAUUCUGAAGGUUGAUGCGAUAAAGUAUCUCUACACCUUCCGCAGCCAAUUGACUAAGUCUCAACUUUCCGAUGCUUUCCCGCUUCUCGCUAGGCACUUUGGAUCUCCAAAUUAUGUUGUCUACAGCUAUACUGCGAUUACUGUUGAGCGCUUGCUGGCGAUGACUUCUGAUGGGGAGCCGUUGUUUCACCCUGAUGACUUGAGACCUUACGCAAGGGACCUCUUUGAGAACCUCUUUAGGUUGAUCGAACAAGCCGUCACUCCCGAGAAGAUUCAGGAGAAUGAAUAUCUGAUGCGCUGUGUAAUGCGGGUUAUUAUCGUUGCUAGGGAUACUACCGGAUCAUUGGUGGAAUACGUUCUGGGAGAGCUUAUCAAGAUAACGGGCGUAGUUAGUAAGAAUCCCAGUAACCCAAGGUUUAUCCACUAUCACUUCGAGAGUCUUGGUGGGAUAAUUAGGUGUUUCCCUAUCCUUCUCCCGAGCGCUGUUGGUGGGGUUUUAGCUGAUUUUCUUAGAUUUGUUGCGCCUGGACAACCGGAAAGCCUCGAAAAUGCCCUUCAUGAUCCUUUUAUGGCUGUUUUGGGCCAAGAUGUUACGGGUGCGCCUCGCCGACCUGAUGCUCAUCUUCUUUGCUAACCUUUGGCUAGAGUUCAUCCCCUACGUAUUCCAGCUACUUGCCCUGCUCCUGGAAAGUGAUGCUCCUGCCCCUCUGCCCCGACGCUAUAAGGAUCUUAUGACCCCACUCCUCACACCAGCCCUCUGGGAAUCCCGAGGAAAUGUCCCGGCUCUUGUCCGUUUGCUCCAGGCUAUAAUGGCUCGAGGAGCGUCCCAUUUCGUGGAAAACAAUCAGCUAUCGGCAAUCCUUGGUAUUUUUCAGAAGCUGGUAGCCUCAAAACUGACCGAAGUACAUGCUUUUGAGCUGCUGGAAGCAUGUUUCAUUUAUUUCCCGCUGUACGCACCAAUUAGCACUUGGCCCCUGGUUUUGUCUAACAUUUGUAUUUAGGAGCACCUUACAGCCCUUUGUCAAGGAUAUUUUUAUCAUUCUACUCACUAGGUUAAAUGGCUCAAAAACAGACGCUUUGUCCCAAAGGUUUGCUAGGUUUUUUUAUUUUCUCGCUGCGAGAGAUAAGGAUGGUACCGGGCCCGAUUUCGUUGUAGGAACUAUUGAUGCCGUGCAAGCAGGGUGAGUGAAGAAUUUGCCAAAGAUAUAUUCGCCCCCCCACCCGCUGAUACAUGUUGGGUAUAGCAUCUUCGGCCAACUUUAUGGCGCUGUCGUUCUACCUGAUACACAAAAAUUACAACGACCGGCUGAUCGAAAGAUUGCUGUUGUUGGUUUGACAAAGCUCGUUGCCUUCUCAGGAGGUCUGGCUGCUGAAUAUCACAAAACAUGGCCUGGUUCAGUCGUCGCUUUAUUAAAACUGCUCGAGGUGCCACCGGUACCCGCCCAAGACGAUGGAGGGGUCGACCUCCACGAAGCUGAUAUUGAUGAUUUAAGCUUUGGCGCAACCUUUACUAGGCUUAAUACUUGUAAGAAGAAGGCAGUUGAUCUGUUCCCUGACACUGGUGACUUGAAAAAAUGGGUUGGCGAGCAGCUUAAGGAAGGAGACUCAAAGUAUGGGGGUAGGGUACGACAGAUUCCUCGCAUGCCCACUUUUUGCAAGGAACUGGAUCUGCUGACAGUAAUCCUUAGGUCGAAAAUUGGAUUAAAGCCGAGUUGCCGGAUGAAGCUAAGGUCGUUCUGAGAAGGUAUAUGCAAUAAUUGUGGUAGUUGCCCGCGUACAUGGGCCGGGCGGGCUCACUAGGGUUCUGUGACUAGAGCUAUGGAUCAAAAGCGAUACUUUGGGUUCUAUGUCACGAAUUUUUGACUUUCAAUUGUAGCAAAACAUUGCCAUAGCGUUUGGUUCUUCCCAUGUUCUACUAUGUUGUUGCCCCUUGUAACAGGGACUGUACAAGCAAGUUAGCGAGAUACCGUAAAUUGAUAGUUCACUCAUCGGUAUAU